CGCUACCUAGUACUCAUUUUGUAUUUUUUGUGCAUAUGUAUAAUAAUUAAUAUUUGUCAUUUAAGCAAUAUUAAAUACGUAUUUUAUUAUUAUUCAACAUUUAAUUAAAGAUAUUUGUUAUCACUUAUUCAUUAUGGCUGAUUUACAGAAUUAUAUCAUAAGUCAAACUACGGAUCCAACAGAUUCAGUUGGGUUUGGACAAAUAUGGGAGAGCAAUCGAUUAAAGACAAUGGAAAAAUGGCCGUUGGUGACUCCCAGUGCAGAGAAAAUGGUCGAAGCAGGUUUUUAUUGCCCAAAUACUAAUGAACCUGAUCUAGUUAAAUGCUUUUCGUGUUUCAUUGAAUUGGAUGGUUGGGAGCCAACUGAUGAUCCUUGGAAAGAACAUGAAAAACGAGCUUUGCUACUUAAUCCUAAAUGUAAGUAUAUUGAAAUAGGUAAAAAGGAAUCAGAACUCAUUGUUGAUGAUUUCUUGGACAUUGUGAAAAGUGUUAUGUUACGCGCCCUGCAAAAAAAUGUUGAUCAAAACAUAAAAACAGCAUUGUCUUUACACAAAAAGAAAAAGUCCGCUCUUAAAAAAGAACUCCAAAAAAUGGGAUUAUCAUAAAUUUA